AUUCAAUAUUAAGUUAAGUCGCCGUAACCUCACAUAUUAUACAACAUGUGAAAACAACUGUCAUCCAAAAUUUAUAAUUCUACCGUGGUUUAAUUAGUUAUAAUCGAAAACAAUGAGUGCCGAAUUGGGUGAAAACAGUUUCCCCAGCACGAUUUCCACCUUGCUAAAAGCGGGCAACACAGUCCAGGCUGUGACCCUCUUCACUGACAACAAAAACAGUGAAGAGGUUCGUAACAAUUCCUGGGACUUGGUGCCCAUCGUUGCACGUUAUUUGACCGACGAAUGUGAAACCAACAACAUUGAAGUGUUCAAAUGUUGCCAAAAACUCAUCACAGUGAUCGCCGAAAACUCAAAGCCUGAGGAAGUGUUGUUGCAAUUUAUCGAAGAACUGGAAACGGCGGACGAUGAUACCAAGUUUGUAAUGCUGCUGAAACCGUUGGAAGUGGUGUUGUUGCGGGUUCCCGAUAAGAGAGUCACGUCCCUGGGCUGGUGUUUCAACGCUAUUGUGGAUUACUUGAAGAAACUUGAAGUUCCAGAAGACUUGAAUUUGGUGGGCGAGGAGCGGCUGCUGUUGGACUCUAACGAAAUCGUCAACCGUAUUGUUUAUUUGUAUAACGAGUUGUUAAGUUUCUGUGAAACGUUUGCAAAGGAGUUAAGGGGGGUAACUUCGAGUAAGAAUAUUCUCGAAAGGAAGCAAGUUGUAGCGAGAUUUUUUGUGGAGUUGCUUGGGAGUCCUUUGGCAUUUUUAGACAUGGUUAUUUACAAAAACACAAAAUCAAAGGCAAGACUGCUGGCUGAGGAAUUAAUCACCGCAUUUUGCUACUUAAACUUGGACCCUUACAAAUUCUUAGAAAUGUACAAUGAUAGCGACUUAGUCAAGCCAAGUGAUUUAUCUUUAGGUGUGUUUUACUACUUAAUCUUAUCGGAGGAAAUUUGCCACAACUAUCUCCCGAAAGUGUACAACCCUGCAUACACCUUAAAUUACUCGUUAACUUUCGUUAAUAGUCUCUUGUCACAAGACGGCCAAUUUGUUGUUGAAAAAGGAAUAGAUUUAGCUGCAGCUUUACUAAAAAACGUAGAUCAGCUUGAACUUCCAUACGUGUUACUAGACUCGGAAAAUUACAGCAAGUUUUGUAAAAUUAUCUCGAAUGUGAUUGUCCACAACGAAUGUGUGGAGCUUCGCAAAAAGGGCUUACACGCCUUGCACACAUUUUUGUGGUCGUUUGAACAUCAAGGACGUUACUUGCUGGUCAAGAAUUUAAUCCGGAACAUUACACACAGUGGCUUGAAGGGAAAUCUUAUAACAACUUACAAAGAAAUGAUUACACAAGAAAUUAAAACUAGUGGCAUCAAAAACUUGCCCCCGUAUUACGUCACUCACAAGCUUUACAACAUUUUGGAUGAAUUUACUUUGCUAAAACAGAAGGAGGAAACAGAUCUUGUGGAUGAAUCCGAUCGUAUCAUCGCAAGUUUAAAUUUCCUGCGUUAUUUGGUCUUAGUUGAUGUGUCGGGAGAUAUUGGCAUUGAUUCGUAUUUAGAGACUUUAGAAAACGGUUAUUUUAAAUUUCUAAGGACUGGGAUUAACAUGUCGCAGGAACAUUACCGGUUGAGGAUUAAGGAAGUGGCCGAAGAGGACACAAAAGUCGAAACGGAGGAUUGUAAAGUUUCAGUGACAGUGUCUGGGAAGGAUCUGAUCGAAAUGCCGACUGAAAAGAAGAUUGAAGUCAUGCAGAUGUCUUUAACCACCUUAGAUGUUAUUGAUAGUAUACUGAGCCGAGUAAUAGAGUGUAUUAAAAUUAAAAAACCAAAUGUGUAGUCUUAAGUUACGAAAUAAAGGCGAUAUCUCUCUAA